GAUACCGGUUCACUGAUGGCUCAGUUGGGAGCAGUUGUGGCUGUGGCUUCCAGUUUCUUCUGCGCGUCUCUCUUCUCAGCUGUGCACAAGAUAGAAGAGGGACAUAUUGGAGUGUAUUACAGAGGUGGUGCCCUGCUGACCUCCACCAGUGGCCCCGGUUUCCAUCUCAUGCUCCCAUUCAUCACAUCCUAUAAGUCUGUACAGACCACUCUCCAAACAGAUGAAGUGAAGAACGUACCCUGUGGGACCAGUGGUGGUGUGAUGAUCUACUUUGACAGAAUUGAGGUGGUGAACUUCCUGGUCCCAAAUGCAGUGUAUGAUAUAGUGAAGAACUAUACUGCAGACUAUGACAAGGCCCUCAUCUUCAACAAGAUCCAUCAUGAGCUCAACCAGUUCUGCAGCGUGCAUACGCUCCAGGAAGUCUACAUCGAGCUGUUUGAUCAAAUUGAUGAAAACCUCAAGUUGGCCUUGCAACAGGACCUGACCUCCAUGGCCCCGGGACUUGUUAUCCAGGCUGUACGCGUGACAAAGCCCAAUAUUCCUGAGGCCAUCCGCAGGAACUAUGAGCUGAUGGAAAGCGAGAAGACGAAGCUUCUCAUUGCGGCCCAGAAGCAGAAGGUGGUGGAAAAGGAGGCAGAAACAGAGAGGAAGAAGGCCCUCAUUGAGGCAGAAAAGGUGGCUCAGGUUGCAGAAAUCACCUACGGGCAGAAGGUGAUGGAAAAGGAGACGGAGAAGAAGAUUUCAGAAAUUGAAGAUGCUGCAUUUCUGGCCCGGGAGAAGGCGAAGGCUGACGCCGAGUGCUACACGGCUCUGAAGAUAGCAGAGGCCAAUAAGCUCAAGCUGACCCCAGAAUAUCUGCAGCUGAUGAAGUACAAGGCCAUUGCUUCCAACAGCAAGAUUUACUUUGGCAAAGACAUCCCCAACAUGUUUAUGGACUCCGCAGGUGGUCUGGGCAAGCAGUUUGAGGGGCUAACUGACAGACUGGGCCUCAGCUUAGAAGAUGAGCCCCUAGAGGCCACCACAAAGGAUGAUUGAAAAAAAAUGUAUACAACCUCUGAUGUGACGCUUAGAGAGAGCUUUAUUUUUUAUGAUGAAACAGAACGCUCCUCCUGUCCACACUACCUUCUUUGACUCUUCAAGUUACUGUGGUAAGGAAGAAGAAUCUACCCCCCUUCCGAGAAGGGAGAGCAGAUGGAGAAUUGUUUUUUUGGUUUUAUUUUUAAUUCAGGUAAGUAGGUUAUAUGACUUCUGGUAAGGUGUGUACACUAUAGAUUUGACCCUUGACCUGCAGGCACCAACUUUGUCCCUUUGAAGCUGGCUUAACUGGGGAUACUAUUGGGAAGAAGUUAGAUGUGUGGCCGCUGCUUCCAUGAAAAUGUGUUCCACAGUUGUCCCUGGCCCCGGCGUCUGUGGAACGUCAGCUGCAGAGAGCAGUGGCCUGCUGCUUUCUAACAGUGGAGUGGGUUAUCCUGGAGUUAAGCUGGGUUGGGUCCUCCUUAGGAGGAACCUGGUGCUAGGUUUUUGCAAGAUUUUCUAUACACUGUACUCUUGCCCUCGUGUUCUCUGACCGUGUCCAUCGCAGCAGGGCUCAGUCACCCCACACGCUCCUUUUUCAGAAUGGUCACCUCAUCUGUGAUUGGUAUCUUCAACAGUCUGUCCAUUGGUUCCACUCAGCAUCAAGAUGGGAACAAACAGAUGUCAUACCCAGUAGGCACCGUGGUGCUGGCUGGCUACUUACAUGUAUACUUUUAUCAUUGUGGAGAUUUUUCAUUGAAGAGCUCUUGACCCUGGAGGAGACGGGGCCAGCCAGUCGACAUCCAAGUAGUAGGCCUAUGGCCUGUGCUGGGCAUUUAUCUGACACACUGAUAAAGGGAUCUUUUAAAUCCAGAGAACAGGCGGCUGCUUGGGAGUCGGCUCCAGGGCAGCUACAUAGAUGGAAGUCAGAGUUGAUGCCCAAGCCCCAUGGGCUGCACUGAAUCCCCAUGCUUUGUUUUUUACUGCUGGUUAGGAAAACAGUGAGUCACCCUGGGGGACUUAGGAUGGGAAGAACAAAUAGGAAAGAAAGGUAUUUCUUAGAUCCUGCAAUUGGCCCGGGCGGGGGCAGGGCUGCAACUUGCAUGGCCUGUGAGUGCUGCACGCUGUGGAGAGCAACUGCAGAGUUCACUGGCCGCCAUGGUGGUAGGUACCCUGUGUAACCGUGCUUGGCCUUGUUAUUAGCUGCACCCCUCUCCCCAUACUCCCCCACACAAAGCACCUACUGUUACCUUUUAGGUGAAUACUAUAAAUGAUAUUUGCUGGCAUCAGUCCUCAUUUUUGGUUUUAUAAGUCAGGCCAAUUUUGCUCCUAAGUGGCACCAGGCUUGUCGGGUAUGUGGGUGUCAUUUAGCCUGCCUAGAAGGAAGCACAGUGUUAGUUCUGCUGACUUCACAUGUUGCCCUUCUCUGUUCUCACUCCUCAUACUGAGAGUUCUCCAGCCUCUGGUCGUGGCCACACUUUGUCCAGACUAUAGAAUGUUCCUGAAAAGGAUAGAUGUUAAUGUGCUCAAAAGUGGGUUCUUUUUUCCCCAAGACUAACUCAUCUUCCCACUUGCUGCUGUUGAUCCCUUGUUGAGAGCAACAUGCUGUGCCCAGCAUCCCUCUUCCUCCGCAGGCUCAGAAACACUAUUUCACUGGAGUCAAUGUAAGGGUGUGUCACCAAAUGGCACCCUCUUCGUCUGAAAGUCUGUCUGCUACUCCAUUCCGAUUGCUCGUCCCUCCAUCACAAAGAGCCUCAAUAAAGUCCUGCUGCAAGUGCUGCUUCCCCACCCCUUGAAUGUCACUUGACAGAACAGAACACAUUAAUGUUCCCAUGUCACUAACAGAAAUUCAGUAGUUGUUGGUAUCUGUCCCCGCAGUGAAAUCAUGGAAUUCAGCUGUCUUUUUAGCAUGGGAUACUAGUCCAUCUGUCGGUAUGACUUUGUUUUUUGUAAUACUAGAAAAUCUGAUUGUAAAGCAUUUAAAUUUGAAACAUAAAAUGUGAUAAGCCUGCAGUUUUGUAGGCAGUGAAGUCAUGGCUGCUAUUUAUAUAGAGAACUUCUAUCAAAAUAAGUAACUGUUUGUAAAAUUCAGUUUUGUAGGAUUUUCCCAAGGCACAACCACCUUGGUAGAAUGUUUCUCACUCACUAAACUUGCAGAAGCAAUUCAUAUUCAGAACAGUUUUUAAUCACUUUUCAAUAUAUGGUCAGAAUGUUUGUAAGGAAACCUAAGUUUAAUAACUUUUUUAUAACUAAAAAUAGAUGUAAAGGAGUGAGUAUGGUUGCUGAGUUGAGGACGAGGGAACCACUGAAUGAGGCUGAGUAAUACAGUGAUGUAAAAAAGGGAGAUGUUUCAUAAAUGAUUUGUGGUCUGUAUGUGUCUUAUAAAGUAAGAGAGCCAUAUUACUGACCUGGACUUAUCGUAAGUUGGAAUUUGCUAAACUGUACGUUGACAAAUAGCUCCUCUGUCUGUAAACCUAACCGAUUUUGUUGUCUACAGUGGGAUUCUAGCCUCUUUGUUUCCUUAUAAAAGCUGUAAUGGGCAAUCACGUGUCUGUACUUCCAUCCCUUUCUAUCUCUACUUCUUUGUAAACUGGUGAGCAAUUGUUUCAGUGUGCCCCAAGGGCAUUAGUGAGCCUUUGUAACUGAAAAAUGAUUCUUGUUACAGUAAUCAUUCCAUAAAUGAUACUAGAUUAAUUACCUUGGGUUAAUAGCUCCAGGAAUUGUUUAGAAACACAAAAGGUCUCAUGUGAAUAUACUUACAUUCUUGGAUUUAAUUUCAGUCUUGCUAAAUAAAAUGUCUUUGUCUUUA